AUGGCUCAAGGCGCUAACGGUAUUCCGGCGCCCACACGACCCUCUCCAGCUGCUGGCAGUGCUCCCGCAAAAUCGCCAUAUGUCGAACGGAGCAACCCCAUGGGUCAGGGUGCUGCCCAAACGGUCACCUCCAAGGACCCCAAGGCCGCUGCCCAGGCUGCUAGUGACAUGAGGAACGUCGUCCGCCGCAAGUUGACCGGUUAUGUUGGAUUCGCAAACCUCCCAAACCAAUGGCACCGUAAAAGUGUUCGCAAGGGUUUCAACUUCAAUGUGAUGGUUGUCGGUGAAUCUGGCUUGGGAAAGUCUACUCUUGUCAAUACUUUGUUCAACACUUCUCUGUAUCCUCCAAAGGAACGCAAGGGCCCUAGCCUGGAUAUUAUUCCAAAAACCGUUGCCAUCGAGUCUAUCAGCGCCGAUAUUGAGGAAAACGGCGUUCGUCUCCGUCUGACUGUGGUUGAUACACCUGGUUUCGGUGACUUUGUCAACAACGAUGACUCUUGGCGUCCAAUUGUUGAGAACAUCGAACAGCGCUUCGACGCUUACCUCGAGGCCGAGAAUAAGGUUAACCGCAUGAAUAUUGUGGACAAUCGCGUCCAUGCUUGCGUCUACUUCAUCCAGCCAACAGGCCACUCGCUGAAGCCGCUUGACAUUGAGGUAAUGCGCCGAUUGCAUACCAAGGUCAAUCUGAUCCCUGUCAUUGCUAAGGCGGAUACCCUCACCGAUGAGGAAAUUGCUCUUUUCAAGCAAAGGAUUCUGGCCGAUAUCCAACAUCAUUCCAUCCAAAUCUUCGAGGGACCCCGAUACGAGCUUGAUGAUGAAGAGACCAUCGCCGAGAACCAAGAAAUCAUGUCCAAAGUUCCUUUUGCUGUUGUUGGAGCGAACUCGGAGGUCACCAGCAGUGAGGGCCGCAAGGUCAGAGGUCGUCGUUAUCCGUGGGGUGUCAUCGAGGUUGACAACGAGGAACAUUGCGAUUUCGUCAAAUUGCGCCAGAUGCUCAUCCGUACUCAUAUGGAAGAACUCAAGGAACACACGAAUAAUGCCCUGUACGAGAACUACCGAUCUGACAAACUCACACAGAUGGGUGUUGCGCAGGACCCAAGUGUAUUCAAGGAGGUCAACCCUGCAGUCAAGCAGGAAGAAGAACGCACCUUGCACGAGCAGAAGCUCGCAAAGAUGGAGGUCGAGAUGAAGAUGGUUUUCCAACAAAAGGUGCAAGAGAAGGAAAGCAAGCUCAAGCAGAGCGAAGACGAGCUUUUCGCGCGACAUCGCGAGAUGAAAGAACAAUUAGAGCGACAACGCGCAGAAUUGGAAGAAAAGAAGUCUCGUCUCGAAAGUGGAAGACCUCUCGAGGACAAGAUAAAGAGAAAGGGUUUCUCGCUCCGUUAAGAGUCAACCCAUGGCUGAUAUGCACUCUGGACAUCAUGGGAUGUCGACCUAUGACAUGCGGACAACCUCUGUUUGAUUUCUUGUUCUUCUUUGAGUUCCUCUCCCUUCUGCUCAUGGUUCCAGCGCUCUCUCUAAUACCUCUUUUCGUUCUCUUUCCUCUCCUUUCCUUUCAUUAAGAGUAAUUCGGCUCUCUUACACAUUCUUUUGCUUUUUUUUCUUCCCUUUCUCUUUCCCUUUCUCCUCUUUCAUUUAUACCUUUUGCUCUCUAUCUCACUUCUGUAAUGACUUCGACCCAUUUUUCCCCCCUCUACUUAUUGUUCUUUUCUCUUGAGCCGUUCCCUCCCUCCUUCGUUUUGUUUUUCCCUUGUUUAUUUUCUUGCUUGCUUGUUUGCUUACUUGCUACUGAGUCUCUCGAACCAAUAAAACGGAGAAAACCAAAUUUGUACCAAACUUAAUAAUCUAUCUAUUCACUAGUUUCAAG